GCGCUUCUAGAUAUGGCGGUGGGCACAAUAACAAGUCUUGGAAUAAUUUUUACCUACACGCGGGUGAUGUGGUGGGUAACUCCAGAUGACUUGAGAAACUACCAUAUACUGUGGACUCCCCCAUACUGGACAUCUUUCCUUUGGGGUUUUCUCAUCUUCAUUGGGGAUGUGACAAAAUCGGUGGCUCAAAAUGCACUGAAGCAAACUGAUCCCUUGUCCACAAAGAUCCAAAUUAUUGCCCUAGGGUACCAAUUCUUUGUUCUCUCUGCGUUUACCUUUACCACGUUUAGGUUCAUGAUGAUGAGCAAAACCUGGGCCAUCAAUUUCGAAUGUGAUAAUAAGAACUGGCGUCAACUAGGUUGGACAGUGGUGAUCUGUGCUGCUCUGAUAACUACUCGCCAGGUCUUUUUAAUCGUGCAAGUAGAUGCCCGUACAGAUCCCAUGGGUUUCUACUCACAGCACGAGUGGGUCUACUGGGUCACUGAGUCACUCCCGUUAUUCUUGAUCUUUGCGCUGUUUAGUUUAACAUACCCGGGAUUCUUCUUGCCACGAGAGUACAUUGGUUUUAGAAUCAAAUUGAAGGAAAUUGCAGAGAGCAAGCGCGAUGCUUCGUGGCCAUUGAACAUCUCAGCCCCAUUGCCUGUUCAAAAAUCGCUGAUUGUCGAAACCAAAGAUCCAGAAGCGACUGUACAAGAGAUGAAGGUGGGAAUGAGAUAUUAG